AAGUGUUCCACAUGAGGGGAGGGCAUGAUUAAAAAUUCUCCAAAUUAGAGAAAGGAAUCUUGGAAACCGGAAAGUACGUGCAAGGCAUGUAAUUGGCUAAUACUCAAUUAUUAAGGCUGCUUAGUUCAGCUCGCCCAAAGCAAUUACUCAAUCUCACCAAAUCUUUUCUGUCUCUCGCUGGGUCCGAAACCAGAAGCAAAGAAGGAAAAAGAAAAAAAAAAUUAAAAUAAAGGAAAGUGCUGAAGAAAAAAAAUGUCUUCACCAAGCAAACGUCGAGAGAUGGACUUGAUGAAAUUGAUGAUGAGUGAUUAUAAGGUGGAGAUGAUCAAUGAUAGCAUGCAAGAUUUCUAUGUACAUUUCAAUGGACCCAAUGAUAGUCCUUAUCAUGGAGGUAUAUGGAGGAUAAGAGUGGAGUUGCCGGAUGCUUAUCCAUAUAAAUCUCCAUCAAUAGGCUUUGUUAAUAAGAUUUACCAUCCAAAUGUUGAUGAGAUGUCAGGGUCAGUUUGUUUGGACGUUAUUAAUCAGAAUUGGAGCCCCAUGUUUGACCUGGUAAAUGUGUUUGAAGUAUUCCUUCCACAGUUGCUUCUCUAUCCCAAUCCUUCAGACCCAUUGAAUGGAGAGGCUGCAGCACUGAUGAUGCGUGACCGAGGUGCUUAUGAACAAAGAGUGAAAGGUUUAUCUUGAUUUUAUAUCAGAAGGGAAGACGUAAAAUAUGACAUCCAAAUCCUUAAACUCCCAUUAAUGUAGCUUUAACUAGGAUUUCAUUGUGGAUAUUGAGUGUCAUUAGUUGUAACGUAGGUGGGUUUGUGGUGAACAAUAGAAAGUAUUCUUAGUGUUGCUGAAUGAGUGGGUCAUGUUGAAAGCUACUACGGACUGAUCUGCUCUGCUGUAAAAAGGAAAAUGCUAGCAUGAUCUCUAGAUGAUACAAUUAGUCUUUUAAGUGUCUUGACUAGUUUCUCGUAUCACAUGUAGACGAUUGCCAAUUCUGUUAAGCAUUAACCUGCCAGACCCAGGCAUUAUGAUAGGUUUUUGAACCUGUAGUUGGAAAAAUGGAAAAUUCUGUUGUCCUGAACAUAACCAAAAAUCUUGCUUCAUUUUUUUUUUUCUUCUUCAAUGGUUUGCCAUGAAUCAUUGUUUGUGAUGAACUUAUAUGCCUCAAUUACUAGGAAGAGAUUCCAAUAUUCCCUUUAGGCAGUUUUUAUUAGCACUACAGUUGAUGUAUGAGCUUUGAAUAUUUUUGGGCAAAAGUAUUACUCUUUCUAACACCAG